AUGCCCCAGAGGUGGGGCUGCGCAGGGCGGAGGGUGGUGCUCGGCUGCUGCCAGGUGGAAAGGCCACAGGAAGACGGCAGGAUCGGGGCUUCACCCCGGAAUCAAAAAUUCUGCGGCACCGGGACCUCCAAAUUCUGGGGGCCGCCAGCCUCUGCUUCCCAAAUCACCCCCGACCGGUGUCGCGGUCCCGCACCGGUGCCCGCGCGGCCGCAGCCCCGCGCCUCCCCGGGAAGCUCGGCCGCUCGGGAGCUAGACAAAGCCGGCGGUCGGGCGCCAGGCCCCACGGAAGGCUCAGGUGGCGGCGCCCAGGGCAACAGGUCGGGCCGGGCCGAGGCCUCCCGGGCCCGCCGCCCACCGCCCCGGGCGGAGCAGUGCCGGAGGUCGCGGGGCAGCGGCGCGGGCAGGCCGAACCGGCCGCGUCCCAGGCGGGCGGAGCGAGGCAAGGCCCGGCGCGGCGCCCUCGGGCGGCCACCGCGCGGCCUCCGGGGCGGCCCCAGAGGGCGCCGCGGCGCAGAGGGAACCCGGGAACGCGAAGGGACAGGGCCGCGCGCCGCGCUCACCGCCUCGGACGCCGCUGGUCGCCUCCACCUGCACCUCUGCAGCAGCCGCUGCCGCCGUGGCCGCCGCCUCCCGCCUCCCGCCUCCCGGCUCCUUGGUCGGGGCGGGGGAAAGCGUGACGCGCCGCCGCCGCCGCCGCCGCCGCCGCCUGGAGACGCCGCACGGCCCCUCCCAGCCCCGCCGCCCACGCCCCCGCCCCUUUGUCUGCUGCCCCCGCCGGUGCCGCCGGGUCCCCUCCCGGCCCGCGUGCCCCGCCAGGUGCGAGCCGAAGACGAGAGGCCUGCGUCCAGGGCGCCGCGGGCUUUCGGCCGGUCCUCGGCUUUCUACGAGCGUCCCCAGAAUUUGCAAGUCACCCCCGUUAGCUCCAUUGCGACCUGA